AUGACUGUCAAAAAUAUCAAUCAAAUAGAAACUGAGUUUAUAUAUAAAAACAAACUUAAUUAUGAUUUGCGUGCAAAUUUAGUCAAACUCCAUGUGGGAACUAUUGAAUGGUUUGAUACCGAUUCAAAAGUAACAUUUUACACUGAAUUGCCAAAUUUGAAAAUUUUAUGUUGUUUAUUUAACUUCUUAAAGCCUUUUAUAACUGAAAAUGAGAACUCAGUUUUAUCGUACUUUGAAGAAUUUUCUUUGACGCUUAUGAGAUUGCGUUUAAAUCUAUCUAUUAGAGGCCUUGCUUAUAGAUUUGAAACUUCAAAAUCGACCUCAUCAAAAGUAUUUUUAAGAUGGAUUGACAUUAUGUACUUCAGAAUGAAACAUUUAAUUAAAUGGCCUGCUCGCAAUGAGCUUAUAGAAACUAUGCCUUUAUGCUUCAGAAAAUAUUUUGAAACAAAAGUGGCUGUGAUAAUUGAUUGCUUUGAAAUAUUCAUAAAUAAACCAUCUAAUUUAUGCGCAAGAGCAGCAACUUGGUCACAGUACAAACAUCACAAUACUGUUAAAUUCUUAAUAGGUGUAAGCCCACAAGCUGAUAGAGGUUUUAACAUUGCUGAGAGUGUUGGUUUUUAUUGUAGGGAGCUAAAGAUUCCAGGAUUUACAAAAGGAAAGUUACAACUGACUUGUUCAGAUGUAGAAACAACCCGGAAAAUUGCCUCUGUUCGAGUACACGUUGAGAGAGUUAUUGGAUUGUUACGUAACAAAUAUAAAGUUCUGCAAAGUAUUAUGCCAUUAGAUUACUUAUAUACUAAAGAUUCUGGAUUAUGCACAAUAGACAAAAUUGUUAUUGUUUGUUCUUCUUUGAUAAAUAUAUGUGUUUCAAUUAUUCCUGUGGAAUAA